CACGAGAUACAAAGCGAACAAUAUCAACUUGAUAAUUACGAUGUUACAAAUUCGAAGUAGCCAUGUUGUAUCCGGCACAGCUCGUCACUCUCUUUGGGCCUUUUUUAUAUAAAUGGGCCUACAACUUUAUGGGCCUAGCAUACUUCCACACCUUUCCCGCCAAAAACUCUUCUCGUUUCAGCCUAAGCUCACCACCGGAUUCCGAUUUGCCACUUCUGUUCUCCGCCGCACACCAAUCCCUAGAUUUAGGAAAUGGAAUUCGAUAUCCCAUUGCCGGAGGAGCUAGAGCUUCUCGAAGCCAACUCUUACUAUCCCGAAGAAGAAGAUGAUGACUACUUAAACUUCGAGGAGGCGCCGUAUCCUUACCCAAUCGACGGCGAUGAGGAAAAAGAAGAAGAAGAAGAGAGCAUCGCGCAGAAGGAGUCUAAUCACCGAGAAUCGGAAUCUCCUGAUAUCAACGGUUGUAAACGACCAAGGAGUCUAGUGUCCGAUCCGAUUGUCAAUCUCGACGAAGCUUCUGAGAAGAGAAUCAAAAUUAAUGAGAAUCGGGUAGAAAUGGAAGACGAGGAAUGGUUACGACGCUUUCCGGUUAAGGAAGUGGUACAAAUCAUGGAGGAGGAAGAAGAAGAAGUCAUUCCCCAGGAGACUAUUUUGUCCAGAUACGCUUCUGAGAUUGAUGGGGAAUGCUUUCCGAUCACUGCACCGGACGGAGGAGAUAGGGUUUAUGCCAAAUUCUCCCGAGCUUUGGGAGAUGAAGAGGUGAAGAGAUUCGAUCUCAAAGCCAAAUCUAACGGUUAGCUGCUUGGACUGUCUUGGAACUUCUGAUUUGCUGCAUCGAUAUAUUAUGCGCACCCAGCAAAUGUCUCUCUACGUUUAUGUUCCUAGCCUGGUGAUACCUAUACACCGUCGAGUGGCCCAGAUCCAAAGACCAGCUAUUCAGUGGCCUAAGUCAUACCACAGAUGUCGAACGCUUUUGGUGGAAAAACAGGAGUCCCUGCGGUCUUGGCACCACAAGAUACCUCCCUAUAUUGGGAGCCAUUUGUCGAUCAAGUCCUUCGUAGAAGACUCUGUUUCCCCGCUAUUGCAUAUUCUUUCUCCCCCAACUCUUAGACCAGUGGCAUCGCAUUUGCUAUCAGAGAGGCAAAAGGAUCAGCUGGCGAGUUUGGUCAUGCUUAAUGCAUUCUUACUCUCUGACCUAUAAGAACGUGAAACUUGAUCCUGCUCUGAAUAACCUCAGGGAGAGCGCUGCGUCAGAUGCUUCAGUUCUUGUAAAAUUCCACACUGAGCACAUCAAACCCGGUAGUCAUCUUAGGCAAAAAAAAAAUUUAUCCAAAAAAAAAUAAUGGGUUGAGAGAGGCUCGAACUCUCGACCUCAGGAUCACUCAGUAGCUAUGAGACCUACGCGCUAGCCAACUGCGCCACCACCCCAUGUUGAUAUCUUGAUGUUCACAAGCCAUUUCUUCUUGCUGAGUAAUGUAACAACAAUGUUUCUUAGUAUAGCUUGUUCUGAGCCAGCCAAUUACAUUUUGGAUUAUACGCAUAAAUAAUAACCUUUUUUUAUCGAACAAAA